AUGUCUUCUUCGAACGUCAACCACCUUUCUCAGCCUUGCAUUUAUGGACAUGUUGUUUCUUCACACGCAGACCGCAAGUCGAGGUUUAUGAAAUGGCUGAGUAGGCUUUUCAAGAGUGGGGCCAGCAACAGGCAUGCUGAUACUGGUGGACAGCAACCUCAGUCUUUCGGCGAUGAAAAUACUGUUUGGCGUGCUCCUGUUAGAUCCUUGGAUGACCGAUCUCGAGCCAAUAAAGAAAAGGAGGAAUUAGAUCGUGCAAUUGCACUUUCUUUGGCUGAGGAUUUAAAGAAACCAAAUGGAUACAAAUGGAGAACAGACAAUGAUGAACACAAUAAUGGUUUCAAUUCAGCACCUUAUCCUUCGUAUGCCCCUUCUGAUUAUUAUCAUAUGAGCUAUAGAAUAUGUGGCGGCUGUAAACGAGAAAUUGUGUAUGGGAAUUAUUUGGGGUGCAUGGGCACGUUCUACCACCCAGAUUGCUUUCGAUGCUGUGCAUGUAAUUAUCCUAUUACUGAACACGAGUUCUCUUUGUCAGGAAGAGACACAUAUCAUAAGUCCUGCUUCAAGGAGCUCACUCAUCCCAAAUGUGAAGUCUGUCAUCAGUUUAUCCCUACUAAUGGAGUUGGCUUGAUCGAGUACAGAUGCCACCCUUUUUGGUCUCAAAAGUAUUGCCCUUCACACGAACACGACUCCACUGCUCGAUGUUGCAGUUGUGAACGUCUGGAGUCUUGGAACACAAAAUACAUAUCACUUGGAGAUGGGCGUAAUAUAUGCUUGGAGUGCAUGGAGUCGGCUAUUAUGGAUACCGGAGACUGUCAACCGUUAUACCAUUCCAUCCGAGACUUCUAUGAGGGAAUGAACAUGAGAAUUGAUCAACAGAUACCAAUGCUUCUUGUCGAGAGGCACGCCCUUAACGAGGCUAUUGAAGGGGAGAAACAUGGCUUUCAUCACAUGCCUGAGACGAGAGGUUUAUGCCUGUCCGAAGAGCAGACUGUUACUAGUGUUCUGAAAAGGCCAAGAAUGGAGCGUGCUGGACUGGUAGGAAUUAGGACACAACCUCAAAAACUGAUCCGUAAGUGUGAGGUUACAGCCAUUCUGGUUUUGUAUGGUCUCCCCAGGUUGCUCACUGGCUCGAUCCUCGCACAUGAGUUGAUGCAUGGAUGGUUACGUCUUAACGGGUACCGAAAUCUCGCACCCGAGGUAGAGGAAGGCAUUUGUCAGGUACUCUCUCACAUGUGGCUCGAGUCUGAAGUAAUACCCGAGACAAGAAACUUGCCAUCCACAUCCAAACCAUCAUCAUCAUCAUCAUCAUCUGUUUGGUCAUCGUCCAAGAAAGGCGGCAGGUCGAGUGUCGAAAACAAGCUGGGCGAGUUCUUCAUGCAUCAGAUAGCACACGAUGCUUCCCCUGCUUAUGGAGGAGGUUAUAGAACUGCCAUGUCAGCAGUUAACAAGUUUGGCCUACGCCGUACUUUGGAUCACAUCCAAUAUACGGGGCAGUUUCCCGUGUAA